CUUGCGUGCGGUGCGAUCGUGUGCUGCCGCUAAAUUUAAACACGUGGCUAGUCUUGAAUCGGGCAUUAAAUCUAACCUAAAACUUCAUCGGCAACAUCAUCAGCAUCAUAGUUUGUUAAGAUUGCAUAUAAGCAGCAAUUUCUUCACUACAAGGAUAUUAAUAAUACAAAAAUGGUAUACGAUUCAAACGGCGGCCUACCGGCCCCUCAUGAAAUGGAGAAAUUCUUGGGGAAAGAAGAAGAAGAAAAGAGCAGAGAAAAAAUUGUCAGCACAUAUAACAUGACAAAGGAUGCAGAAAUUGGAGAAUUUGAUCCCUUCAAGGAACGAAAAUUGGAAAACCCUACUUCAAACAAUGAUACCCUGACCCAUCUUCUAAAGGCGUCUCUCGGUACUGGAAUUCUGGCAAUGCCCUUAGCAUUCAAAUGCGUGGGUCUUGUAUCCGGAGUUUUCUUCACAAUUCUUGUUGCUGUCGUCUGCACACACUGCUCCUAUAUACUUAUCAAGUGUGCCCAUGUAUUAUACAAUAAGACGAAGAAAACUGCAAUGACGUUCCCAGAAGUAGGUGAAGCCGCACUUGAAAAUGGACCACAGAGUUUAAGAAGAUUCGCUAAUUCUUUUAGAAUAUUUAUACUUGUGAGUCUGUUCCUGACCUAUUUCGGUACCUGCUCGGUUUACACCGUCAUGAUAUCCAAGCAUAUAUUAAAGGUUGUGGCCUAUUAUAUGGAUACUCCAGAAAAAGAUAUUGAAAUCAGAAUAUUCAUAAUAAUACUUCUAAUACCACUUAUUCUGAUGGCUUGGAUCCGCAACUUAAAAUAUCUGGCACCGGUUUCAAUGAUCGCCAACAUAUUCAUGGGAACUGGCCUCGGUAUAACUUUCUAUUACCUAGUGGGAACCGGUGAAUUGGACGUGGAUAAUAUAAAGAAUAUGCUUGUGAAACCACCAGCGCAAUGGCCGGAUUUCUUCUCGCUGAGUAUAUUCGCCAUGGAAGCUAUUGGCGUAAUGAUGCCAUUAGAGAACGCUAUGAAAACUCCCCAGGCUAUGCUCGGCUUCUGUGGCGUUCUCAACAAAGGCAUGUCCGGUGUAACCUUCGUGUAUAUUCUCCUUGGAUUCCUCGGUUAUCUCCGGUUUGGUGAAAAUGUCCAAGAUUCUAUCACACUCAAUCUGCAAGACAGUGACAUUCCCGCGCAAAUUGUCAACAUCUCUAUCGCUAUUGCCGUUUAUUGCACCUUUGGCCUUCAGUUCUUCGUCUGCAUUGAAAUAAUGUGGAACAGCAUCAAGGAUAAGUUCACGAAACGGCCCGAUCUCGCCGACUACAUCAUGAGAACGAUAAUGGUAACGGUAUGCGUACUGCUAGCCGUCGCUGUACCCCAGAUUGGUCCGUUUAUGGGCGUCAUUGGCGCUUUCUGCUUCUCUCUUCUUGGUCUUAUAGCACCGGCAUUCAUAGAAGUUAUAACCUACUGGGAUAUUGGAUUCGGCCCUUGCAAGUUCUUAAUCUGGAAGAACGUUCUAGUUUUCCUUUUCGGCAUGUUUGCACUCGUAUUCGGUACGAAAGAUGCUGUUAUAAAUAUAAUAAAUCAAUAUUAGCAGAAAAUACAACCGGAAUUAAAUCAAUGUUGGUGUACACCAACAUGUGACAUCUAAACAAGAAUUAAGAGAUCUUAGUUACUUAUAAUCCUGAAAUUUUUAGUUAAAGUUUUGGAAUGUUUCGGUAUACUUUUGAAUGGAGUGAAGUUUAUUAUAGACAUAAAAAUAGUAAUAGUGCUAUUUAUUGCAUUGUUACUAAACAUUUAUUCGGCAUUAUUGUCCCAAAGACAUGCUGUAGGUUUUAUACUUGUUUUUUUUCUUUUUAAUUGCACUGUUUGUGUAUGUGCUUGUAUAAAAUUUGAAGUAGAAAUAUUUCGAUUACAUUCCCAAUUAUGAACGUAAUGUGAAUUCGAUGUACUAAUGUUUAAUCGGGUACCCGUGACUGGAUUACAUCAUAAAAUUUUUUCGUCCAAAACCCACGCUAAAAUAUUAUAAUUAGAACUAAUGGGAUGAAAAGGCAUUGUGAUGUCAAGAACAAUUAGAAUAAGUGUUUUUGUUUUAAAUGACUUACAAUUUAUAUAUUUUAUAAAUUCUGUAUCAGUACACGGUAUGCUAAUAACAUAGUAAAAAUAUUAUAUAUAGGUACAUGAUAAUAUUACCACAAUACAAAAACAAUAUAUCGCCUUAGAAAUAAAUUUGCCUUAUUUUAAAUACAUGCCCAUAUCAGUAUAUGUGUGUGUAUCCUUUUGACAGAAGAUACAUAUAUAUUUA